CCUCCGCGCGCGUACGUAGUUCUACGCGGGGGAAAAUGGCGAUGCACAGUAAUUCUGUGGACUCAGGCACAAACAUCCCUGAAUAUGAAUACCCUGAUGUCAAUACCAACAUAUUUCAUAUAGGUUCUUUCAGAAACGAGUGGUUGAAACGGCUGGAUCGGAGUAACUACGCCUACGAAAAGAAAUCCGAGGACACGUUUGACGCUAACUUCGCUAAAGAGAUGGGGAUGAGUGCGGACACCCUGGCUGACCUCAAGUCCAUCUGCAGUGUUGGAUCUCUUCGUUGCCACCCAGACGAUCAGCAGCCUGACACCAACGUUGUUCCCUCUGACCCGACGCUGAGGACACUAAUACAAAGAAAGAAGAGGCAAGAUUUCAGAGCAGCCUCGAAAGUCAACAAGAACAGACACGACCUCUACGCUGAUGAACUGGAGCGUUUAACUGGCGGGAUUAAACCCAAGGCUGCCAUUGACAUGGUGCCUGAAGGAGAUGUCAUUUUAACAAUCAACGUCUACUACCCGGCUAAUGUUGAGAAAUUCACCUGCGUCAGACCCCACGUAACUCUCCUGAUGACGGGCUCCCACACCUUGGCGGAGCUCAGGGACGGCAUCUGCUGCGUCAGCGACUUGCAAGUGUGCGGAGAGUUCAGCAGCACGCCGGACGUGGCUCCGGAGUUCAUCAGCAAGGAUCAUUUCAAGUCAGCGUAUUUUUUCUUCGAAGGAGUUUUUUAUAACGACAUGCGAUACCCCGAGUGUCGAGACAUCAGCAGGACUGUCAUCGAAUGGCAAAAGGCCUACAACGUCCCACUCUACAGCCAAGCCAAGAUGGAGGACACGAGAUUUGUGGAUCUGAAAGUGAAAGUGGGCUUCCCGUACCUCUACUGCCAUCAAGGAGACUGCGAACAUCUCGUCAUCAUCACAGACGUCAGACUGACCCACGCCAACGACUGCCUGGACAAGAAGCUGUACCCGAUGCUCGUACACAAGCACAGGGUCCCCACCCAGAAGUGUGCCGUCUGCCACAUCUACAUCGGAAGAUGGCUCACGACCAACGACCAGUUUGCCCCGAGCAACCCGUGUCUCUUCUGUGACAAGUGCUUCCGGAUGCUGCACUACGACACCAAAGGCAACAAGAUUGGACAAUUCAUGGCCUUUCCCUACGUGGAUCGUGGCGCAUUCAACUGAUUGUUUGCUUUGGAUCGGAUCACUUAUUUAUGCUGCGUAAUGCACUGCACUGUUUUAUAUCUUAAAGAGGAAUGUUUGGGCAUUUGGGGAAAUGUAGAUUUAGUUUGAAGAGAAAAUGUUUUUGUACAAAAAUGCUUGUGCUUUUAUAGUUUGUUUACUUAGUUAAAUAAAAGGAGAAGUCAUUA